AUGGCAGAAUUAGGGGUUUUAGUUAAGCAACGCGGUAGAGUAAAGGCAAAGCUCACAAUGUUCAGUAAUUUUAUCGAGCGCAUUAACGAAGCGCCAGAAAACAAGGAAGAGUUACCCUUGCGAAUUGAAAAGGCAGAAAGUCUCUUAGCAGAAUUCGAUUCAAUUCAAAACAAAAUUGAGGAUAUAGACGAUACGGAAGCACAAGAGAUAGAGCGGUCAGGUUUUGAGGAUAAAUACUACAAGCUGAUAACAGCAGCGCGAAAAUUACAGAUAAACGAACGAGCUCCUCCUCCGCAAGUUUAUCAACAAAAUUAUCCACCGCCCCCUCAAGCUAAUGUUGGUAAUGAACAAUUUGUGUUUAGGCCAGCUGUAAAGCUUCCAACUAUUGAACUACCAAAAUUUGACGGUAACUAUGAGUUUUGGAUGGCAUUUCGAGAUCUAUUCGAGUCACUUAUCGCGUCAAAUGCCACUAUACCAGCUGUUCAAAAAUUGCAUUAUCUGAGAUCAGCUUUGACUGGUGAAGCCGCCAAGGUGAUAACUACAUUAGAAAUCACCAACGAUAAUUAUGAAGUCGCCUGGCGUUCACUAAAGCAAAGAUUCGAGAAUAAAAAGUUGCUCACACAUCAUCUUAUUCAAACAUUGAUCGACUUGCCAUCCAUUACUAAGGAGUCACACGUUGAUCUCAGACAAUUAGCAGAUAACAUCUCACAAAUUACUCAAAACCUUGCGAAGUUAGGUCAGUCUAUCGAGCAUUUUGCCAUAUGGGUCAUUCAUGCUACCUAA